UUAUCAGAACUUGUGGAGAAAGUUGUGUAUUGUGAAUUUUCGUGUUUUGCUGAUGCUGAUAAGAAAAUGAACGGAUUGAUAGUAUUCAACAGCGCCAGCGACGUUGUUUACCGUUGUUUAAAUUCUCCACUGACGCAGAAGAUAAGAAAUGUGGCAGUUGCCCAGGGCUUGCUCCCGGCGGGGGAGCAGGAAAGCGAAAGCCCCUUGGACAGCAACAUCUUGCUGCAGAUAUUCAGCCCCAUUGUUGGAUCCCAGCGGAUAAUGCAGUGCCAGUUCGACAACGCCUACUCCAGCCUCCAGUGCGAGCAGGGAUUCAACUUGGUAUUUGGGGAACUUCUUGGUUUUACCUUCCUCAAGAUUGGACACAUUCCCGUGGAGCAACUGGGCCGGCAGAUGGGUGUGGCCAUUACUCUCACCCGGUAUUGCUAUGGUGCCAACUUGUUUGCCGCCCAGGCGGGGGCCAUGCAGCAGGAACUGCUGACGCAGUGCCUCGACUGCUACGAGAGCCUGUUGGGCGAGGAGGACCAGGCCUAUCUCCUGGAGGCCAUGCCCAAGCUGCUGGUUAACGCGGAGCUGAAGAGGACAAUUCACCUGACCCUGGAUGCCACUCUGGAGCACCUACGACAGCUGGGCUUGCCCAGGGCCCACGCCCUGUUGUUCGUUUCGCACAAACUGCUGGCCGUCAAUAGCACUGGACAAGCUCUGCCGCUUUCCGCCGCUGAUUUACUAUUCCUCAGCCUCAUGUCGCGGGCCAUGCAGUCGCCAAAGUCACCGGCACAACGAGCGGUGGCCGUGUUCCUGCAGGGAGUCUCCCACGACGUGAAUUCCGGCUGCGUUCCGAGCAUCGUACACAUUUCCCGCUUGCACGGCAAUCAGGUGCUUCUCCAGAUAAUCGAGUAUGCCAACAUGCCGCUUACUAGCUGCAUCUAUGACUCCUUCUUCGUGCUCCAGAAGAUCAUAUCCGUGCAGCACCAGGGGGACUCCGAUGCCCUCAAGCCCGCCUACGAGAAUCUCGAGUCCUUUGUGGGCCAAACUCUGACAGCUUUGAAGAGAUACGCCAAGCAGCGACCGGAGGACAUGGAGAACUGCUACAAGAAGUUUGCCACCAAGUGGGAGAACCUGCGGAAAAUGUACGCGGAGUACUUUAAGAACUUUGAGCGAGAAAUGCUCGUGAGGAUCGAGUCGAAUUUACCGUCGUUCGGGGAGGAACUGAAGCAGCUCUUCACGCUGGCCUGCUGCGAUAGCUCCAGUGUCCAUGAGUUGGACCAGCUCGCCGACACGGCGGCCAAUGUGGAGGCCAAGCUCUUGGAGUUCGCCGAAUUCCUGGCGGUCAAGGCAACCCGCAACUUAUCCAUCGAUGCAUAUCUGGAGGACUUCCCCGGUCUUGUGCACUUUAUGUAUGUAAACCGGAGCAGUGGACACAUGCUGGCACCGGACCUGCGGCCCAACCAGCUAGUGCCCAAGACUAAGCUCUGGAGCAUGGUGGAAAUAGCACGUAGCUAUUUGAAAAAGGGACAGACCACGGUGAUGUGGAAGGACAAGGCCUUCCACUACUCGUACUUCCUCUGGUUCGAGGAUCAGUCGGGCAGCACGCUCAGCACCUCGAUGGAUUUGCAGCAGCACUUUCUGGCCACAGGAGCGGCCAGUGGUAAUGGAACGAAAUCUCCCACUGAACCGGGUGCCCUCACCAUGGACUACUACCACGAUCUGGCCGAGCUGUGUUUCCCCAAAAUAUCGCCGGGAAAAGUGCGUGUCUAUGAGUUAUACUGCAUCCACCUGGGACUGGUAACGGCUACCUGCGCCGUGGAGCAUGCCCGUCGACUGGUGGCCACCAUCAGCGAUGUGGUGGGCGAGGAGACACUUUAAUCGUGUUUAA